CCAGGAAAAACCUAUUUUUGAGUAUGUCAAAAACUAUUAAAAACUGGUAUCAAAAACCCCUCGAGGGUGGGGGUGAGUCAAAAACUCGUCAUUAACUCCAUAGGGUAUUUUUCCGAGUCACGGACUGACGGAGCCCUGAUCGUGCCUACCAAUUCCUCAACUCCCAAACGCGCAGCUGCAUUCUGGUAUGGGUUAGAAUUUCAUACUCCCGGAUGUCUUUGACAUAUAGACCAGGUCAACCACACUUCACUCAUCUCAAUGGAUCCAGAGUCCGAGUCUAGAGCAGAGGAUGUUCAUAAGUUCGGCUCAUGGGUACUAAACAACCUGCAGGAAGGAAGUCUUGGCCUACUCACAUUCCGAGAGGCCCCGCAGACCUUUCAACCUGUCCUGGUCACUGAAAGCGACAGUCAGUUGGACUUGAAGGCACUCCACUACACAGGUAGCAGAUCUCAGCCUGGAGCAGGCCCUGAGGCAGCAGCCGAAGUAAAGUCAGCUGAUGAUGCAGGACUUGGAGGCUUGAAUGUCGGAAUGAACAGCGAGGAACAUGACCUGAGGGAAAAUAUCCUUACGAAAGCCCCACUACGACUCUAUGACUGUGAGAAUGAGGUUUUGAAGGAUCAACAGACAUACCUUCGGGAGACAGGCCAUACCAUUCCACCUUAUCUUGUGGUUUCGCAAGUGUGGGGAGAAAUUAAACACCAGAUGAUCCUGCCCAGUAUCGAAUGGCCCGUCGCUAUUUCAGAUCCCGCAAAGUGGGACACGAUCCUGGCAUACUGCAAGGCAGAUAACAGGGUUAAAUGGAUGUGGAUGGACGCCAUUUGUAUCAACCAAAGCAACAGUCAAGAGGCAGACGAAGAAAAGGCUGUCGAGAUUCCGAAAAUGAACCACUACUAUCGCGGCGCAACAGCCUGCCUCGUGGUGCCCAGCGACUACUUGAAUUUCCCGUUGGCACACGCACAACUUGUGGACCUUUCGUGCAAUAUCAUGGAUGCCAAUGCCUCCGUGCAAGACAAUGCACCGAGGAUUUGGGAAAGUAUUGCAGUGCUUGAUGCUGUCAUCGGAGAUGAAUGGUUCUGGAGAGUGUGGACGUACCAGGAGUUUUUGUUGCCAAACAAACAUAUCCUCCCUGAUGGACAAGAACUGCGCGUCGAUCUAUUACGACGCUUACUGGACUGGUACCACAAGAUAUUGCGGAACGGCUCUCUGAAAAAACCACAAGGCGGAACCGAUUACGACUUCAUUCAUCCAGGCAAGGAAUUGGUCAUUUCUGCCCCACGCAAUUGGCAAACCCGGAACCUGCGUUUCCAGAUGAAGGAGGAACUCGAGCAGAACGGACACGUGAACCUGAUAAGCCUCAUCUGGCAAAUCAGUCACAGACAAUCUAUGUAUCCCCUGACGAGGAGAAAGGUAUCAAUUAAUCCAUCUGAAGCCUCUGACCGCAAUUCGAGCACUGCAGCGCUUGAAUCUAUGUGGGGACGCACAAUGACAAAAGCCAUAAUGUCAGGAAGAGUAUGGCCAUUGCUACACGACUCUCCGGAGCCCGAUGCAGUAGAUGGAAGACAUUGGAUGCCCCACAUCACAGCCCCUAAUCUUUGGAACGAACGGUUUCCCGGGGCUGCUCUCGCAGGGCUCUACCCGGAAACCAUACACCACCACAACCAGAAGGAUAUGAAGAUAGCUGACGAUGGAUUACACAUUGCGGUUCGAUUUGUAGGAUGCGUAAUGGGGAUGAGUAUCAACAUUGGGGACGGGGGAGGAGAGAUGAACAAGAUCACCCUCUGUACCUGGUUUCUGACGGCCAAUGGUUGCAACACAGAUCCGAUUAUACAACAACUCCAGCAUGGCCUGGCGACAUCAGACAUGGUCGCACUGAAUGAGAUUCAAGGUUCUCAAGAAGCACUUUUUGCCGCACUUCAUGCGAGUUCCUAUUCAGAACUCAUGGGGGAGAUGAACUUUGGGCGAAAGUUGACCUAUGGUAGUGAGAUCAUGGGGUGGAACAAGAGGGUUCUAUGCUUCCAAAUUGAAGGCCACAGGACGCCAUUCGUCGUCUUGGCAUGGAUUCAUUGUAGCAGCCCUCCAAAAAUGGGGGAUUGUUGGAUUGUGGAUGUCACCUCGGAACCAGCUCAGACGGUUCGUCGCUGGAUUGUGGUGAAUAAAGUGGGCCCAAAGACCUUUAGGAAGAUCGGUACGGUACGCGCUUGGCAACCUAUUGGUGCUAUCUUAAAUCAGAGUUGGGUGCCUAUCAUCCUUGACUAGUACUGAUAGUAGUACCUACCUGUGUUUUGUUUUGGUGUAUGUACAGUGUUGUAAUAUCACUGUUGUCCUGUUGUC